GAAGUGAGUGAGUGAGUAAGGAGAAAUGUGACAGAGGGGAGCGCAGGACUACAGCUGUUGCCUAAGCUGCACUUCUCAACACACCAGGACAGCAGCUCUCAGACUCUCCGGACUGACCUGUUUUAUCGUUUAAUAGAGAAGCCUGGUGUUCAUAAACUCAUCUCACACAGACUCCUCCAAUGUUGUAGGUGCUGAAGCGCUCAGUCCGAGGUCACGGGCAGGAGGACAUCAUGUCCCACAGCCAGUCAGACAAGUGCAUGGGCGACAGUGCCCCUCUAAUUCUGGAGAAUCGCUUCUCCAUGGAACUACAUAUAUCUGAGCCAGGUGAUGAUUGCUACCAGUCACAAAGUCCCUCCACACCCCAACCUGAAACAUCCACACCCCAGGAAGAUGGAGGAGACAAGCUUGUGGUGCCUCAGCAGGUGGUUUUGAGCACCCAGAGUCCUGCAGCAAUGAAGGUUGGAACCCACCAGCUCAUCCCUAAGAAUUUAGCCACGACUAGUCGGCCGAAAAACCGCCACCACACCACCGUGGUAACAUUCCCAGUGGGACUGGAGCACUCCAGCAGUGGGACCCGGGUCCGACACUCAACCCAGGGGCCAGAUGUGUCCUGGGAGGAUUAUGACAGUGAUGGAGAUGGUUUUGCUUUGAGGAGGAAUCGCAGGAACAAGUCAUACAGAGCAGCUGUGACUAGCCUGGAUAUUGAUGCCAUAGCAGCAGGACAAGGGGCUGUAGCCACACUGAAACCCGUCAGAGAGGACAGAGCACCCAGUCCUGGUCCAGCUCGCAGCCCUGGACGCAAGCGAACCCUGGGGAGAAAGAGGAAACAGAACCAACGUGGAUCCUUCAAAGACGCUACACCACGCCUCUAUCAGGAGAUCCGUGAGCGAGGCCUGCACUCCACCAACCAGGAUGAGCUGCUGGAUGACUUUGUAGUGGUGGAGCCUCCUGUGGAGGACCAGGGCAUCGUGGUGAAGAGCUACCGGCCAGCACAGCUCACCUGGAGCCAGCUACCGCAGGUGAAGGACAUGGGCAUUUUGACAAUGAUCUCACCUCAGGAGAGAAAGAGACAGGAGGCCAUUUUUGAGAUAAUCACCUCUGAGCAUUCGUACCUGCACAGCCUGGGCAUUCUGGUGCGGCACUUCAAGAACAGUGAAGCGCUGAGGAAAACGAUGACAGCCACAGAGCACCAUCACCUCUUCUCCAACAUCUCGGUCAUCCACCAAGUCAGCCAACGGUUUUUUGAGGACCUUGAACGGCGUCACUAUGACAACGCUGUGAUUCGGGACAUUAGCGAUAUUGUUCAGAACCACGCUGCCCACCACUUUGAGCCUUACAUUGGCUACUGCUCCAACGAGACCUUCCAGCAGAGGACGCUGCAGAAGCUGCUGACCAGUAACAUUGCGUUCAAAGAGACCUUGAAGCAAAUUGAAGGGAGCAGUGAGUGCGGAGGCCUCCCCAUGAUCUCUUUCCUCAUCCUUCCCAUGCAGCGAGUGACCAGACUGCCACUGCUGCUUGAUACAAUCUGCCAGAAAACUCCAGACAAGACAGCGGAGUACUUUGCUGCUGUUUGGGCGCUGAGCGCCAUCAGCAAGUUGGUCUCUAGCUGCAAUGAUGGAGCAAGGCGGAUGGAGAGGACCGAGCAGAUGUACACCAUCCAGAAACAGAUGGAUUUUGGUAAAAUCAAGCCAUUUCCUCUGGUAUCAGCAUCACGGUGGCUGAAAAAGCGUGGCGAGCUGACCGUCAACACUGAGGAGCUCAGCAUCUGGAGGGCUUUCAGCAACAGGAGCUACUACCUGUUUCUCUUCAAUGACGUACUAAUUGUUACCAAGAAGAAGAGUGAGGAGACCUUUGUGGUGAUGGACUAUGCCACUCUGGAGAAUGUGGAGGUGGAGGUCGGGGAGGAUAGUGAGGAACGGAUGUCUCCACCUGCCAAGAACAGCUCCAGCUAUCUUUCCUUCAAACUGCGGAUGAGCAGGAACAGCGAGGGGAGAUCAGAGCAAAUCUCCCUGGUGGCCGAGUCCAGGGUGGACCGGGCACGGUGGAUAGUCGCUCUUACAGAGCACAAGCAGGAAAAUGUCUACACUUGUACACAUGCAUUAUGGGAAUGUGCUUCAGAUCUGCCACAGUAUGAGGCCACUAAAGCCUACAUGCCAAAGGAACCAGAUGAGCUGGGACUGCAACAGGCUGAGCUUGUCAUUGUCCUACAGAAAGAGGAAGCCUGGUGCUAUGGGGAGAGAAUGCGAGACGGAGAGAGAGGCUGGUUUCCUGCUAGCUGCGCCACAGAGAUCACCAACCCUACUGCCAUGGAGAACAACGUGCAACGCAUGAAACGCCUGCGCAAAGAGACCAACGUCUGAGUGACCCUCGAUGGUCAUCAUGUCAGGAUGAACAGAGGGUGGACAAAGUAACAGAAACACCUCAAAGUAGAUUUGUGAUACACACUAUGUUCAGUUUUUGUUGAAACUGCAUUGCUGAUUAAUGAAAUUGGACCGAGGAUAAUUAUUAUAACCAAGUUCAUUACCGAGACUGAAAGACAUUUUCUAGGAUAUUAAAAGCAUUAGAAGUUAACGCCAUCCUUGUGCCCCAAUAGUGUAAGAUGUAUACAAUUCAAUCAUUCUUGGUCUUUAGUUUGAAUCCAGCCAGUGUCCAUGUUUGCUGUUGCUCUCUAUUGUCAAACUAUCCAAACCACUCAUUUCAAGACAUGGCCAUCAGGUUGAAUUAGAAGUUAAAUCUCAACAAAAAAAAAAAACUAUUUGUAGCAGAGCUAUUGUAUAUUGAGGUGUUUCUGUCCACCUUCUAUACUGCAUAUGCAGCCAAUAAUUUGCAGUAGCAGGAUUUAUUGGCCAACAGUGGACACCUUACUCAGCCUGUAAGGCACUACCAUAUUAUUUCCUUGUUGGUGUAAAUGUAAAUUUCAACUUACCAGCUGUCGUAAAUAAUCAACCUUGGAUACAGACUAAGGUCUUAUUUCUAAUCUAAGAGCUCCAAAAUAAAAAAAAAAUAAAAAAAAAUACUGUCUACAUACACCACAGUGUGAGAAGCUUCAUGCAGAAAGUGUAGGGUAUUUCCUACAGUCUGCUUUCAGGAGUCACCUGACCCCAAGAUGAGGAACUAUAUCUGAGUAGUGCUGAAUACUGGUUACAUUUCUUUGUAUCAUAUUGUGUUAGUAUCAAUUAAAGAUGCUGUCUAAGGUUUCUUUGUUACCAGAGUUUUGGUAAACAUUUGCUAUUUUAAAAUGUAGUUUAUGGUAUAGUCUAUUGUGCCAUUGUUGCAUCAGGUUGAUUAAAUAACAUUUACUGCACCGAACAAGAUUAUAUUUGUUUAAAUAUAUGAAAUGAAACAACUGUCUUCUCUCUAACUGAAAGAAUACAAAUUGUGUUUGUGCCAUUGUGUAGAGCCUGUAUACUUGAAAAAUGAAAUAAAAAACCACCAGUAGAGACA